AUGAAAGUAGGGAAGCCAAAAUCGAAGCGUGUUCCCGUUCGCCUGCGUCACAAGAUCGAGAAGGCGUCGGCGGCGAAGCAGAAAAAGCAGCGGAAGGCAGCGAAGAAUAACCCAGAAUGGCGCUCGCGGCUAAAGAAGGAUCCUGGCAUACCGAACCUCUUCCCAUACAAGGACAAGAUACUACACGAGAUUGAAGAAAAGAGGCGCUUGAAGGAAGAGGAGGUUGCCCGGAAGAAGGCAGAGGCGAAGGCGCUGAAAGGCGGUUCUACUGCUCCCGCACAGGAAUCUGAGGGAGCUGCAGGUGGUGCGAUGGAGGAGGACGAUGAUGCGCUUCUGGAUUACGGCUCUGAGGAUGAGGAUGAAGCUAUGCAGGAGAAUGACACGAACCCCAUGGCAGCACUCCUAGCAUCAGCACGAGCGCGAGCAGUGGAGUACGAUCGAGGCAACGGUGCUGACACUGGGGAUGAGAUGGACGAGGAUGAAGGCGAGGAAUGGAAUGGGCUUGGUGACGACAAUGACGUGGAAGCACCAACAUCCGCCGCGCCAGCCCGGAAAGAUUCGUCACGCAAGGCAUUCGACAAGGUCUUCAAGCAAGUAGUAGAGUCGGCAGAUGUCGUUCUCUACGUCCUAGAUGCGAGAGACCCCGAGGGCACGAGGUCGAAGGAGGUGGAACGCAUGGUCAUGGCAGCACAGGGUGGCGACAAGCGACUGAUCCUGAUCCUGAACAAGAUCGACCUAGUCCCGCCGCCUGUGCUAAAGGCGUGGUUGGUUCAUCUGCGAAGAUAUUUCCCAACAAUACCGCUCCGAGCAUCGAACCCAGCACCGAACGCACGUACCUUCGAUCACAAGCAGCUCACAGUCAAGGGGACGUCAGAGACCUUGUUCAGAGCGCUCAAGUCAUACGCGCAGUCGAAGUCGCUGAAGCGCUCGAUAUCAGUAGGCGUCAUUGGCUAUCCGAACGUUGGAAAGUCCUCUGUCAUCAACGCCCUCACAUCCAGGCUAGGAAGCCGAAACGAUGCGUGUCCGGUUGGCGCCGAAGCAGGUGUCACAACGAGUCUGCGGGAAGUAAAGCUUGACAACAAGCUGAAGCUUCUGGACUCGCCCGGCAUAGUGUUCCCGUCAUCAGCGGAAGCCUCGAAGGCACACAAGGUGGAAGAGCAAGCGCGACUUAUUCUCCUCAACGCCAUACCUCCCAAGGAGAUCGACGAUCCUUUACCAGCGGUUUCAUUGCUCCUGAAAAGGCUGUCGGCGUCACAGGAUAUGCUGGCCAAGCUGCUCGAGGUGUACAACCUGCCACCGCUCAUGUCGGCAAACGGCGACAUCACGACUGAUCUCUUGGUGCAAGUCGCCAGAAAGCGAGGCCGGCUGGGCAAGGGCGGCAUACCGAACGUCAACGCGGCUGCGAUGACAGUCAUCACGGACUGGAGGGAUGGCAGAAUCCAAGGCUGGAUGGACGCUCCUGUGCUCCCAGUGGUUACGGCCCGUCUUACUGGCGACGAAGCUGCUGAUGCUGCCGCUCCUGUUGGCGAUCACAAGGAGAUUGUCAAGGAAUGGGCUGCGGAGUUCAAGCUAGAAGGACUGUGGGGAGACGACAAUACUCAAGGGGAAGCUAUGGAGUCAUGA